AAUUGCAUCAUUGGUGUUUGCGCGUGCCACCUUCCAACCGGGCGUAGCUGCAGCAGAAGAGGCGGAGAUAUCACCACUACCAAAGAUGGCCACCCUCAGGAUGUCCGUUUCUUCGGCCGUGGCGAUGCGCGCCAGCGUGCGCAGUGCUAAGCCCGUGCUGCCAUCUCGCAAGUCUGCUAGGGCUGUUGUUGUCCGCGCACAGGCCAGCCAGGAGCUGGAUGCCGCUUUUAAGUUCGGCACUGUCGCUGCUCUGUCGACCGUGGCCUCGACCUGGAUGAUGGCCGGCAACGCAAACGCCGCGACUGAACUUGCAACUCUGGCUGCCAACGACAACCGCCUGGGCAUCAUUGCAACCCUGUUUGUUCCUGCUCUGGGCUGGGUGGCCUUCAACAUUCUGGGCGGUCUGCAGGCGCAGCUGGACCAGAUGAGCGCUAAGAGCGACCCCAAGCGCAAGCGAGCUGUGCCAGCUGCGAUUGGCCUGGGAGCCGCUGCCACGCUGCUGGCUGCACAGUCUGCAGAGGCUUCGACUGAGCUCGCAACUCUGGCUGCCAACGACAACCGCCUGGGCAUCAUUGCAACCCUGUUUGUCCCUGCCCUGGGCUGGGUGGCCUUCAACAUUCUGGGCGGUCUGCAGGCGCAGCUGGACCAGAUGGGCGCUAAGAACAAGUAAAGCGUUAAUGCUGCGCCAGUGGCUGUGUUGAAGCCUUGGCUUGCUUUCGCAGUUGUGGGGUUUGUUCAGCGUAGUGCCGUAUCCGGGUCGUUGAUUCUCACUUCGAACGGCGUCGUUUCGGAUGCGUAAAGACGCUCAUCGGUAGGUUUAGGACUUGUUGGUGUGUCUGGAGGGAAUGACGUUCUGGCAGCGGCCACAAGAAGGGUAGGCUUGCGCGCAGUGCCUGUGAUGCUAGUCUCUGCGUCCCAGCGUUUUCAGUGGUAUGCGAGGGUGUGUUCUCGCUGGUUCUGUUAUGUGCUGGAAAUGGGUGUCCUGACAGCGCUCCCUGCCCAGAUGACCGUGGUGAUGCACAUGUACCAAGGUUAAACACUUAACAAUUGUGGCGAUGCUGUCUUCCUUUAAAAGGGUAGGGCAAACCGGCUCGGGGAAUCGGAGACAUGAGGGAAAGGAAUCUGUAUUUUUUUUAUAGAGCAGAGCUGCGUGUAGCAGUUUUCUCAUAGUACCUGAGAAGAUAAUCGAUUGAGUUGUAAUUUCAUGGGGAUGCAUAGCAGCCCCAAAGCGCAUUGUGGCUUGACUAGUGCAGUCGCAAAAGCAAGCUUACAUGCUGUGCUAUGUAAUCUUAACUUCAAGAAC